CAGAAUGACGAUAACAAACGUAAUAAGAUUAACGAAUCUUUUAAAAAAUGCAACCAAAUCAAAUUUGUCUCAAAUUGAGUUUUUCUCUUCGCACAUAAAAUUUGCAGAGCACAAGCCCCUCGAGAAAAUUAGAAAUAUUGGAAUCUCUGCACACAUAGACUCUGGCAAAACAACACUGACAGAACGAAUAUUGUUCUAUACAGGCAGGAUAGAUUCGAUGCAUGAGGUUAAAGGCAAAGAUAAUGUAGGAGCAACUAUGGACUCCAUGGAGCUUGAACGUCAACGAGGCAUUACAAUUCAAUCAGCUGCUACAUAUACCAUUUGGAAAGACCAUAAUAUCAACAUUAUUGACACUCCUGGCCAUGUAGAUUUUACUGUAGAAGUAGAAAGAGCACUGAGAGUAUUAGAUGGAGCCGUCUUGGUUCUUUGCGCCGUAGGUGGAGUGCAGAGUCAGACAUUAACAGUGAAUAGACAGAUGAAACGGUAUAGUGUACCGUGUUUAGCUUUUAUUAAUAAAUUAGACAGGUUGGCAGCAAAUCCUGAGAGAGUAUUGAAACAAAUGAGAUCCAAAAUGAAUCACAAUGCUGCAUUCCUACAUUUACCUAUAGGCUUAGAAAAAGAUUGCCAAGGUAUUCUAGACCUCAUUGAAGAGCGAGCAAUAUACUUUGAUGGUGAUUACGGCGAAAAAAUGAGAUAUGAUGAAGUCCCACAGGACAGGAGAGCUGAGGUGAAAGAUAAAAGACAUGAGCUUAUUGAGCAUUUGUCUAAUGUGGAUGAGACUUUAGGAGAACUUUUCCUCGAAGAAAAAACACCAAUGGUUGCAGACAUAAAACAAGCAGUUCGUCGAACGACUCUAAAACGUACAUUUACGCCAGUUCUUUUAGGCACUGCAUUGAAAAACAAAGGAGUCCAACCAUUAUUGAACGCAGUAAUAGAUUACCUCCCCAACCCUGGAGAAAUAGAGAAUACAGCUAUUUUGAAUGAGGGGAAAGGCACCGAGGGACAAACAAUUGUAUUAGACCCGGCUAGAGAUGGAUUGAAGCCAUUUGUGGGUCUCGCUUUCAAGUUGGAAUUGAGCAAAUUUGGACAGUUGACCUAUUUGAGAUGCUACCAGGGAGUUUUAAAGAAAAGUGACAAUAUUUUUAAUGCUAGGACUGGGAGAAGGGUAAAAGUGUCCCGCCUGGUCAGAAUGCACUCAAAUAACAUGGAGGAAGUGAACGAAGUGUACGCUGGCGACAUAUUUGCACUGUUCGGCGUAGAUUGCGCCUCUGGGGACACUUUCGUGAAUGACAGCAAACUCAACUUGUCUAUGGAAUCCAUACACAUUCCCGAUCCCGUUGUUUCUAUGUCUAUUAAACCAAAGAAUAAUAAGGAUAGAGAUAACUUUUCAAAGGCUGUUGCAAGAUUCACCAAAGAAGACCCGACCUUCCAAUUCCGCUACGAUGGUGAUAACAAGGAGACCAUAGUGUCGGGCAUGGGCGAGCUUCAUCUCGAGAUCUACGCGCAGAGGAUGGAGAGAGAAUACAAUUGUCCCGUCGACUUGGGCAAGCCUAAAGUCGCAUUUAGAGAAACAUUAAUGUCGGCGUGUGCCUUCGACUACUUGCACAAGAAGCAAUCGGGUGGUGCUGGACAGUAUGCUCGAGUCAUUGGCAUCUUGGAACCGCUACCGCCUCUGCAGAACACCAUGCUAGAGUUUGUGGACGAGACAAUCGGAACAAACAUUCCCAAGCCAUUCGUGCCAGGCGUCGAGCGAGGUUUCAUCGACACUUGUCAAAAAGGCUAUUUGACCGGACACAAGAUAUCGGGCGUCAAAUUCCGCUUGCAAGACGGCGCUCAUCACAUUGUGGACUCUAGUGAACUGGCUUUCUUUUUGGCUGCUAAAGGCGCUGUUAAGGAUGUAUUCGCCAAUGGCAGUUGGCAAGUCCUCGAACCAAUAAUGUUCGUUGAAGUGACAAUGCCUGAUGAAUACCACGGAACAGUUAUCGGUCAAUUGAACAAACGCGGAGGCAUCAUCACUGGCACGGAGGGCGCGGAGGGCUGGACCACGAUCUAUGCUGAAGUACCGUUAAAUAACAUGUUUGGAUAUGCUGGAGAGCUCAGAUCGAUGACGCAAGGCAAAGGAGAGUUCAGUAUGGAAUAUAGCCGCUACUCCCCAUGCCUACCUGAUGUACAAGAACAAUUAAUUAGGAAAUAUCAAGAAGAAAUGGGUUUACUGCCUGAACAAAAGAAGAAAAAGAAUUAACCGCCUUAGACAAUUUUAGAUUAA